AUGGCUCCUAUACGAUACAGCUUGCACUAUGAAGAUUAUUCCGAACAUUUAAUGUCUAGAUUUGGAAAACUGUUGCAAAUGCAAUCCUUGGUAGACAUGACUCUUAUGUGUAGUUCCCAUACUUUGCGUGUCCAUAAAGCCGUACUGGCAGCGAGUAGUGCAUAUUUCCAAGAAGUGUUACAAAAACAAACGGGGGAACCAUUAAUAAUUUUAAAGAUGAGAUUCAGUGUGUUAAAGUGUCUAGUUGAGUUUAUGUAUUGUGGCAAGACUCAAUGUUUGGAAGAAAACUUGGACGAGCUGGUAUCUGCUGCCCAGUUCCUCAAAAUAAAAGGAUUGUCAAAAGUCACAAAAGAAGGACUCGGUAUAACCAAUCACACUGAGUUGCCCGUGUUCACUCCGCCCGUGGUCAUCAAUCGACCUCCACAAUCACUAAUCGACUUACAUACACAGGACAAUGUGGACCCAAAACCACAAGCGACCCUCUCCACACCCGCCAACCCGCCAGUGGAUGCUUUGAACAGAACUAAUAAGGAUAUGGUUGUCCGUAUACCAUUCGACAUAGAAGGUUCAGGCGCGGAGUACAACGACCCUCGAGCACGACCGAGACGAGGCAGACCUAGCUUUAAGCGUCCCCUCUCGUGGGAGAGCGCAGUAGGAGCCGGUGUAGCGAGUGGGGGGGUGAUGGGAACAGCCUCGGGCUUGGGGCGGGCCGCGGAGAGGGCGCUGCUACGACGGGAACAGGACUCUAGGAAAGCUAUACAUCACCUCAAGCAUCUACAAAGUAGGCACAUGCAGGACUAUAUGGACAGGGUAACGUUAUCACAGGCUGUGAACAGUAUCUGUAACGAUGGUUCAUCCAGCUACCUCAAUAUGGACAAUGAUCUUCUAUACAUGGACCAGACGGUCUCCUCAAACUCCCUCGACCCCACCAACCCGUACUCGAAAGAUCAUUCUCUGGGAAGCGAAACGAUAACUUCAAAUUAUUCAACCUCAAUAACUAGCACGGCCAAUACUACGACGAGUAGUGGAAUUAACACCGCUAUGUCCCAAUAUGUAAAUGCUCUGAAGAAUGCUGGCCUACCGACAGAUUUACCGAUACUGUUUGAAUCUGGAGACGGCUCGUACAUUAACGUGAACGAACAGGUCCUUCUUGACAUGGUGCAGAGUAGCGAAAUACAAUACGAAGUUAUAGAACAACCGAACAUAAUCGAGAAGGUCGCUGACCCUAGUGAAAUCAAAAGCAUAGACGAUCUGUCGAAGUCCAUAGAACGUGGGGAGAUGUUGAUGGGAUCUAAAAACUAUACGACAGCCAGUGACUUCGAUAAAGAGAGCAGCGUACACGAAGAUACAAUACACAGCUUAAACGCUAUUCUACCUGAUAAUUUAGAAUCGUUUGGAGAUCAACAAAAUUACGUGGUCCUAGAUAAAUCACUUCAAGACAGUCGGAACACUAUAGAUCAUGACAGUGCUAAUGAUUUUUCGUGUAUAGAAAACGAUAUGCAGUUCUUUACUAAAUCUAUGAGCGAUGAUGUAAAAAAAUAUUAUGAAGAGCAACAACUGAAUGAUGCGACCACCUCGCUGGACACUAGCUUUAAUAUGUCACUCCUCGAUACAAAAACAUCACAUUUGAGCGACAACAUGAAUCAAUCUUACAACUCCUUGAACACCGACGACAUGAAGAGAAAUGUCGAUUGCUACGACUUUAGCUUACAGUUACCACACGCGACAGACUUUAAAGAAGACGCUCUCGACUGUUUGAUGUCAACGCCGAGGAGAACGGAAAAUCAAGACGGAUAUAUUGAUGACACACUUGAUAAUACGAGAGUUCAAGAGAGAGACGAAAUAAUAAAAGACUUGAUGAACAUUGAGAACAAGAUAGUUAAUGAACAAAUCGAUAAUAAGAGUAACGAGCAGAGCAAGGACACAGCUGACGAUGACUUUGGCGCCAGUAACACUAUCAAGGACAGCAGUAACUUUCCAGAAGUUUCCACCAAUGAUCUACACUGGAACUUAAACACAGAUUCCAGUAAUCACAAGAGUAGCGAUUUUAUAUCAUCAGACUUCAUGGCGCCAUCCACACAAGCAUCAGAAUCAAUAGAAGAUUUGGCUGAGUCUCUCGAAACAGACAAAUGGGAAAUGACGAAUGAAGAUCAAACAGACAAAAAUAAUGUAGUUAAUAAUGAUGAUACAGAAAAACUUGACACAUCAGUGAGUGACAAUAUACCGUUCGCUGUAGGACUCCUGCCACUGAAACAAAUACAGGCGGCAGAAGACGAGAGUUCAUUGAAAAGGAAAAGCCUUUACGACCUAGAUAUGACAGACAAUGAUGAUGCAAAGUGCCUAAAACGGAAAUUAAAAUAUAAAAAGAAAUAA